UUGAAAGAUUAAUUCAUCAAACUAAUCUCGGGACUUCAGAUCAUCAACUUGCUGCCUUUUUAAGGUCAAAAGGUUGUAUCUCUGAUGAUAACUUAGAUUUGGAAAGAAUAAACUAUUAUAAGGAAGGCGAAGGGCGGAUGGAAUAUGCUAACGCCCUGAAUGGAAGAGAUGCUCAGAAUUAUUUGAAUAUUUUUUAUCCUCUAGAAAUAAGAAGCAGAAUAAAAAUAUUAGACAUAGGCGACAAGGGCUUUACUGGCUUUUUUGAUUUAUCAGGUUUUUCAGUUUUAGAAAAAGUUUUUGCUGGCGGUAACAAAUUAACUGGGAUAAAGACAGAUGAUUUAACCCAA